AGCCAGAAGACGAAGGUGCAAAUAUGUUGUUAACACCAAUAGUUUCUAUCUUGCUGCUCGGCGUCGGUCUUCCACACGGGGGCACAGAUAUAGUUAACGUUGCUAUCGGUAAGCCCACGACCUCUGAGAGUAUCUACAAGUUCUACUACCCUCCCGAAAGUGCAAACGAUGGAAUUAAGAAAACAUUUUUAUGCACCAAAAGUAGCAGUACACCUUGGUGGCGUGUUGAUCUACAAGACGUUUACACGAUUAAGAAGAUUGUUAUGUACAAUAGAGACAAUUCUGCUAUCUUUGACAGAAUUAAAGGAUUUCACAUCAAAGUGACUGACAGCGGAUCACAUUCAUAUUCACAAGCUAGACUAUGCUACACUGACACGUCGAGUUCCGGUUCCGCCAAGUAUGAGAUCAACGGAUGUAAUAAAGGCGGGGCCUUUUCUGGAAGAUAUGUUUUUGUGGUUAGAUCCAGUGAAUAUCUACAUUUUGGCGAAUUUGAAGUUUAUGCCGAGUACUCUAAUGUGGCACUUAACAAACCCCCGGUUAUCAGUAGUACAGUUUGGGGUCCAGAUGGUUACACUAAUGGUAACGAUGGUGAUUAUAGAACCAUAACAACGGCCAAGGGUUCCACUGCAUGGUGGUGUGUCAAUCUAAAGACGUUUUUUAAUAUAGAAAAAAUUAUAAUCAAUAAUAAAGACAUAGAUCACACUAUGAACAACCUAAACGGCUUCAGGAUUAACCUGGGCUAUACUGAUGAUUGUACUGCUUUUAGUUCAUCGACCCCCUGCUACCGUGAUUCAACCGGGGUUCAGAGGUCAUAUACAGUAUCUGGUUGUAACCAGGGUAAGAUUGAAUUUGCCGGUCAGACAGUUUUCAUCUCCAACCCAAAUCUCAUAUCCUUUCGAGAAAUGCAGGUUUUGAUAAAAGAGCCCACAAAUCUUGCCCAUGGAAAAGGUAUUGUACAGUCGAGCACUGCUGGCAACCUGGCUGCAGAUUUAGCGAUAGAUAGUGAUCCUGCCACGUGUAGUAGUACGAACAGCGAGGCAGUCGCUUGGUUGUGUGUUGAUCUAGAGAGGUACUACGAAAUUAGCAUCAUUUCCUUAGCUCAACAAUCCCAAGCAUUUGAAGUAAGGUUGGGCACAGAGAGUAGUUGCAGUGCUGAAGGCUUCCAAUCCUCGGUCUUGUGUUCAAGUGAAGCAGCUUCUGAAAAUGUCUUUAUCGGUAAAUGCUCGUCUAGCACAGUACCGCUUGCAGCCAGAUCAGUUUAUUUGGUAGCAAGGAAUAAUAAAAUAGCAGUCUGUGAUCUCAAAAUCAAUGGAGAUGAGAUCUUUAGUGAUUGUUUUGCAGCUUAGUAAAUUUAAACUGUUGGGAACUGACCAAACAUAUGCAUAUUAAAGUUGAGAUUUAACAAAACUCCUGAGAUCUAUACUAAAUAUAAGUUCAC